GUCGAUGGGAACACCUUGAGAUGAAGCAGAUACUCUUAGUUCUACCGCCAGGAUCCAAGCUCUUGCUGAAAAGUAUUAGUUAAUCUAGACGUCAUGGCAACAUCGAGAUGAUCAUGCCUAGAAGGCAGGCAUAAAGUCCAUCGAGCCAAGGACAGGCUCGAGUAAAGAAGUAAGCGACAUGGAUUUGACGUUCCCGGACUUGCAGCUUGACGGAUGCCCUGCUUUGCCGUCUGUCCUUGAAGGUCUCGGUGACACUGAACUCAUCCGCCUGCUCGCUGUCGAGAUUGGGGACAACAUUGGCGAUUCUGAAAGAACGGUACUAGACCACAACUUUAUCGAACGAUGUGAGCGAACACUGCUCAACUCGUGGAGGUUAUCGAAAUUGAUCGGCACAAUUAGCGAAGCAGAAACAACGGAGGGAGAGGAGGAGCUGCCACCGGCAUUAGAAUUCUCGGAUGAGGACGACAGAGCUCGUAGAAAAGGAGGUGGCGAUUCCGCAACAAAGAGGCGAAAGACGAAGCAGCUGACUAUCUCUGAAAAUUUGUCGAGGUGCGUGAGCAUCACUAACCAGCAAGCACUAUCGGUGGAAUUACCGGGAUUUCUAGCACGAAGUGACGAAGAUGUGCUUUGCGAUUUCGAUCUAUGUGUCGUAAGGGCUUUUUCGAUUGCUUUGGGCUCGGUUCCAGUUGCUCGCCGCGAGGCAGCUGCGGCAUUCGUACGGCGUGCAUGCGCUGCGCGGCCACCGCAAGCACAACAUCAAGGGUCGGCGAAGCGCAGAAUUCAUUUUAGUACGGAUGAACAAACCCAAACGUCCGCCGACGUUAAGGUUAGCAAAUGUCAGGAUGCUGCGGCAGCGCGUUCCCUCUUGGUGUUGUGUCUAUUGCCGCACACCCUUGUGCAGGACGAGAGGCUACUGGAGUUGCGGGAACGAUUCGCCAGUGACCCCGACCUGCAACGCAUGUGUUUCAUGAAAGACCUCGACCGAUUUCCCGUAUACUCCGAACACCUCCAACAUUUGCAAUUCGAGAGCACGGUGCUACCCGGAGACGCCACCGGCGUAGAUUGUGGUGGCAGUGCGGUAACACUGGAUAUAUCGUGACUCUAUCUUCUCUAUAAUUGACUAUAGUUCAUCAGGAUCAGCUUCUAGUACCCCAAGUAACAGUCUGGUUUGCUUUUGCAAAUGCAAAGUGGUCUCUACUAUUAAAUUCCAUCGAAUCAGUCCGACUCCCAUGUUGACACAAGAUAAGAAUCUGUGAAACUAAAUUUGCUGAAUCUUGCUUACACAUAUACUGCGAUGUUGAUAAUGACGACUGCAAACUUCAACUUGAACUUGAUCAUCGACUACAGGUUGCGGCGAACGCGAAAACACCAAAUGCAUAUGUCGUUUGUGAGCAUGAGAGCACUACCAAGCUCGAUUUUUCAGGUGAUUUCAACAGUGUUGUAAAGCUGCUAGUGCCGUUGCUGCCAGAAGUGCGGUUCUUGCAGGAACGAGUAGGCGUGGCAGAUUUGGCGGGACAGAAUUACUGUACAGGUUACGUGGAGCAACUUCUCGAUUUCCUACUGGAACAAGGCAUGGAAUACGUGGCGGUCCGCGUAACACAUCUUCUUUUCAAGGUAGAGCGCAGCUCUGAGACCUGA